CGUCGCGAGACGCGCGCUCUUUACCACUUUUGUUACCCUGGUACUUUUGCAGUGUGUGACAUAUAAGCGUGUUUUUGUGUUCGUGUGUUUAACUAGCCAGUAAGCACACGGGAGAAGAAACAAAUUACACAGUCACAAUGGAUUGGCAGUAGUGAUUACGAUGCGGGUGUGUGUGCGGUGGCGCGGUGCGGGCGCACAAUUAUGGUGUGCGUUGCUCGCUGUCGCAGUACUGGCGGAGGUGGCCAGCCUCAGCGGACCCAAUGUCUGCAUGGUCAAGCAGAAAUACAAUAUAACGAAGCGCGUGAAGUACCGCGCGCCGAUGUCAGUGCGCACGUACGAGUGGUGCUUCUCCAUGCCGCCGCGCUGCUCGCGCUGGAGCACGGAGAUGCGAGAUCUCACGCGCCUAGAGACAGAAGAGCGUACAGCUGAAGUGGCGGUGUGCUGUCCGGGGUACAAGAUGAAAGACGUGUCCUGUGUACCAAUCUGUCCGUACGGGAAGACCGGUCCUGGAUGUUCAGAUGACUGUCCGGAGAACAAGUGGGGCCCGAACUGUGUGUACAACUGCAGCCAGUGUGCUGAGCACGGAGGCUGCUCACCACUCACUGGAGACUGCGAAUGUGAGGAUGGAUGGCAAGGUGAGAGCUGCGAGUUCCGCAUGUCAACUACGCAAGCAACGACAACUGUGAUGGAGAAAUUACUAACAACGUCAAAACCUACAACUAUUACUAAUCCUACUACUGGAACGUCUCUUAGUAGAACUACUAUUAGUAAUGCAUCAACUGCUAGUAGCACAACAUUAGAAACUAGUACUGUGACUCCAUUUACAUCUGAAUUUACCUCUAGUUCUAGCACAACAUCAAAUUCCCCUAAAUCGACUACUUCUACUUUAGCAACGUCACCAAAAGAGACACCAACUACUACAGAAAUUAAUUUAACAACCAGAAAAAUUGAACUGGAAAAUUUAUCAGGUAGAAAAAAUAUAUACGAAAGUGUUGAAAAUUUUGAAAGUACUACCUUGAUGUCGACAACUAACCAGAUUAGAAAUUACGAAAAUAUCACAAUUACAACGGAAAUUACGAGUCCCAUUGCAAGUACAACAGUUCCAACGACUACUGGAAGUACUAAAAAUACAAAAUCUAUUUAUAACAGAACAGAAAUAUCUUUAGAAAUUGUAUCUACUACUCCAUCGUUUGAUAAAAUGCUUACUUCAACAAAUCCAAUAUUAACAACUGUUGAUAAUAUUACAAAGCAACCGCUCAUUACUACAACUGAGAAGAAAACUGAAACAUACACAACGAGAGCAAAUAUUUUUACCUCAACGGAAAAGGAGCUGACAACUAAACUAGAAGCCACAAAGAGACAUGAAACCACAACAAGAACCUUAUCAACAGUUAAAUUCAAACCAAAAGAAAUUUGGAUUAAACCAACGCAGAAAGGUGAAUCUACUGUUAUAGAUUUUAAAAUAAAAACAAAUCAUGAAUCUGUUAAUCCAAGAAAUCGUAUCGCGACAAAGAAAGAGUCAUCAGAGUUCACAACUCCGAGAACCAUUAUUGUUUCAAUAAUUCCGACAUCAGUGUCUUACGCCACUUUCAAAAAAAUAGCUCUCACUACUUCUUCCUAUCUAACAAUGAAAAACACAAAUAAUAUAACUAAAUUUAAUAAAACUGAACAUGGGUUUACUUCAUCAAUGGCAUCUCAUACUUCUCUGCCACCGUUCAUUAAAAAAAUAAUAAUAUCAAGUACCAUUUCGAAAAACAUAAGCACUUUUUCGAAUUCUACGCCGAAAAUUCGUAAAAAUGUGUCAGAUCUUCAAACAAAUUUGAACGAUAAAGACGUAUCGUCUACUCAAAGUACUACUAACAGCAUGGUAAGCAUGGAGAUAAACAAUUCAAGAUUGAAUCUCUCUACCUUCCUAACAACAAUUUCAACUUCGACUAACAGUUCGACGACACAAAACAUCACCGUUGAAAAGGUAACUAAGAAGUCUACCGUGAGACCUAUUAAGCCGAUAUCCAUUGAAGUUACAACCAGACCUCUAACCGCUUCGACGGUGCAUAAAAAGAUUGUUCUAGAAAAUAUAACUAAAGCAAACAUUCCAAAUUUAAAGACGACUAAAUAUCCUGAAAAGGUACUAACAAGAAUGAAUAUAACGGAAACAAAAAUGAAAAAUCCUAUAAAGAAUGUAACAAAAUUCUCUACUAAACAUUUAACAACGAAGGAACCGGACGAUGAAACUUUUCAUAUUUUGACAGAGCCCGAGCAUAUAACUGCUGUGAUGAAUGAGAAAGAGCGAGACAGAACCUCAAUGGACUUGAUAUCUGUGGUCAGUAUAGCUGGAGGUGUGAUGAUGGCCGUCAUCACCGUGGCAGUCCUCAUCGUCAUGGUGGAGCGCUGCAGGAGGCCCAGGUUUGAACAAGUGAGAAAAGUCAAUGACAUAAGAAUGCAGGUUACGAUAGAUAACAAUGAUGCACCGCCGCCUUACACCAGAAGCAUCUUCCAUACGCCGCUACCAGAACCUCCGUCAGACAAAUGUCAUUACCAACCAAUUUCUACUUUAGAUCGAAAUUUGAAACAGUUCAUGAGGCCAGUAGUGGUGCAGAACAUCUCGCCUAUAAUGUUGGAAAAUUUUAGAGGUAUAUUAGAAUGUCAUUAUGACCAUUUGCCUCGAAGGAAUCACGAUUUUGGUACAAUGCCGUCUCGUUUUGCUGCAGCGCCAUCUAUGAGCUAUUCACAAGAACGCUAUCAAAAGUCAAGAUCCGUACACGACUCUACAAUUGACGCACUGAAAUGUGAAGCUAAACUUGACGCAAUUGAUGCAUCUACAUCAGAACCUUUAUAUGCUGAAAUACCUUGCUGGAGACCACCUUCCGAACACGCCAUUGAAGUGCUCAAUUUAAACGGAGAAGCUAUAACAGAGUUAUAGCAAUCUUAAAGUUGUCAAUUUCAUCCAAUAGAUGGCAGUCUAUGUAUAUUAGUAAUAAUGUUUUUUCUGAAUUUAGUUUUUAAUCUAUGC